CACCAUCCUGAAAAAAAUCCGUGAGUCAAUUAAGAAAGCUCUGUUUGCUCAAACAUUGCAAUAUGCCCUUGAAUCUAGAGGUCAGAAACCUCGGACAAUGACAGACAUAUCCACCUGAAGAUUGAGGCAACCGCCCUGCUCGUCUUAAACCCCAAGCAAAGCAAAUCUAGAUCCAUUCUCCUCUCACUUGUCUCCCUCCUCUUGCUCCGAUCUCGGUCUGCCUUCCCUACGACACUGCUCCCUAAACAUCCACAUCUCUACAGCUCGUCAGCCAUGCCAGUCACUCUUGUACUGGGAUCGCAAUGGGGCGACGAAGGCAAAGGCAAGCUUGUCGAUAUCCUCGCUACCUCUGCUGAUCUCGUCUGCCGCGCGGCGGGGGGCAACAACGCGGGCCAUACUAUUGUGGUCAACGAUGUGACAUACGACUUCCACAUCCUCCCCUCUGGCCUCAUCAAUCCUUCCUGCAAAGUCAACCUCAUCGGCACCGGCUGUGUCGUGCAUAUCCCCAGCUUUUUCAAAGAACUGAAGGCACUAGAAGAGAAAGGGCUGGUGGGCGUGCGGGAGCGCAUUCUGAUCUCCGACCGGGCUCACGUAUGUUUCGACUUGCACGGCGUCGUGGACGGUAUCUCCGAAGACAAAUUCAAGAACGUCGAUGGCGGGAAGGACAUGAUUGGCACUACCCGCAAGGGCAUCGGGCCGUGCUACAGCGACAAAGUCGCCCGGCGGGGGGUGACGUUUUGGAUGCUCGUCAACGAACAACAGCGUUGGGAGAGGCGCUUGCGAGACCUAGAAGCCAAUUAUCGCAAAUUGUACGGCGACGCAGCUCUGCAGGGCUACAGCCUGGAAGAGGAGAUCGAAAAGUUGCGCGGAUAUCGGGAAGAGUUGCAGCAAUACGUCGUCGACCAAACGCCCUUACUGGCGCAGGCGGUCGGAACAAAGGGAAUGGCUACGGCGAACUCGAACGGCGCUGGUGCUCGCCAACCCCACAUCUUGAUUGAGGGUGCCAACGCACUCCUUCUAGACAUUGAUCACGGCACAUAUCCUUACGUCACGUCCAGCAACACCGGCCUGGGCGGUGUCUUCACUGGUCUUGCGGGUCUCUCUCCACAAUCCCUUUCAGCGCCAGGGAGCAACAUCGUCGGCGUGGUAAAAGCGUACACCUCUCGCGUCGGCGCCGGUCCCUUCCCGACAGAACUUAACGCUGCAAUUUCUCCUAAGGACGCCGAAUACGGCGAUCGUCUGCAACAAGUAGGCCGCGAAUGGGGAGUCACGACGGGUCGCAAGCGACGCUGCGGCUGGUUUGACCUCGUCUUGGUCAAAUACUCUGCGGCCGUGAACUGCUAUACACAACUCAACCUGACGAAGCUCGACGUCCUAGACGGCUUUGAAGAAAUCCGCGUGGCGACGGCGUACAAGGUGAACGGUCAGACACUGCCGGGAUUCCCGGCGGAUCUGGAUGUCAUGGAAGAGAUGGAGAUCGAAUAUAAGACCUUCAAGGGCUGGAUGACUCAAACCACGGGCUGCAAGAAAUUCGAAGACCUGCCAGCACAGGCUCGCGAGUAUAUCGACUUCAUCGAGAGCGAGGUUGGAGUGCCGAUCAAAUGGAUUGGCACCGGCCCGAGGAGGGAGGACAUGUGUUUCCGCUAGAAGGCAUGCUGACGAGGCAGAAAAGGGUUCAGGAUAGGGCUGGGACGGGAUGUUACGUGUAAAUAGCUGGGAAACAUGUAUUUGGCUUCGGAGGUGAUGGUCCCGACAAAUGAGAGGCUUCUUGUUUUCCGACAUGUGAUGGGAAGUGGCCUCCAGCGCUGCUUCGCCCCCAGGAAUGGGGAGAGGGAUCUUGAAGACAACACAAAAGAGAAUUUUAGACGUUUACAUCUUUGGCUUCCGAAGUCGUCGAGUCUUUUGAUAGAAUAUGACGGAGAGAACAAAAGGGAGUCGGAAAAAGCGGCUUUGUCAACAAAAGGCUCUGGCCAGCAUGCCAAAUGUCUUCUGAUCUUCUGUCCAUCCGAUUAUCUAGGCACGGCAUCUACAUAUGAUGCUCGUAUUGAACCUGGUCCUUUCUUCUGUCCUCCGCCAUGCAGAUUGCCUAGAAGACUGGGCCCAGAUGCCGG